CGACAGCGGGUGAGAACGGAGAGGCCAGUGAGUGCGGACGAAUAGGUGCAGUAUAUUGUGCAUCUGCGACACUUGAAUCAUCCUUGUGCCCUGUUGGGCGACGCAGAUCAUACAUCAUGCUCACGAAGUUCGAGUCCAAGUCGGCUCGUGUCAAGGGUUUGAGCUUUCAUCCGAGACGGCCCUGGAUCCUCACCUCGUUACACAGCGGCGUCAUCCAGCUGUGGGACUAUCGUAUGUGCACACUAUUGGAGAAAUUUGAGGAACAUGAGGGUCCCGUCAGAGGAAUCUGUUUCCAUAAUCAACAGCCUCUCUUCGUUUCGGGAGGCGAUGAUUAUCAAAUAAAGGUCUGGAACUAUAAGCAGUCAAAGUGCAUUUUCACGCUCCUGGGUCAUUUGGACUACAUUCGGACGACCGCAUUCCACCAUGAGUACCCCUGGAUCCUGUCCGCUUCUGACGACCAGACUAUUCGAAUUUGGAAUUGGCAGAGCCGAACUUGCAUCUGUGUCCUCACAGGUCACACUCACUACGUCAUGAGUGCUAACUUCCAUCCUUCGGAGGAUCUGAUGGUAUCCGCUUCCCUGGACCAGACGAUACGAGUCUGGGAUCUCACCGGACUGCGGAAGAAAAACGUUGCUCCUGGACCAGGCGGGCUAAAUGAACAUCUGAAGAAUCCCGGUCACACAGACUUGUUCGGCACAUCGGAUGCAGUGGUUCGUCACUUCCUCGAUGGCCACGAACGGGGCGUCAACUGGGCUGCUUUCCACCCAACGAUUCCCCUCGUAGUGUCGGGCGCAGAUGAUCGUCAGGUCAAGCUGUGGCGAUUGAAUGAUACCAAAGCUUGGGAAAUGGACACUUGCCGAGGCCAUUACGCGAACGUUUCGUGCGUUCUCUUCCAUCCCCGGCAAGAGCUUAUUCUCAGCAAUUCCGAAGACCGGAGUAUUCGUGUGUGGGACAUGGCGAAGCGAACGUGCUUGCAUACCUUCAGGAGAGAACACGAUCGCUUCUGGAUAAUGGCAGCGCACCCCACUUCGAAUCUUUUCGCGGCUGGCCACGAUAAUGGCAUGGUGAUUUUCAAACUGGAGCGUGAAAGGCCGGCUCACACCUUACACAAAAAUAUCCUCUAUUACGUUAAGGAGAAACACUUGCGUAAGUUGGAUCUAGCGACUGCGAAAGACACCGCAAUUCUGCAAAUUCGCAAGGGCGGGACCAGAGCGCCGGUUUACAGCAUCUCGUACAAUCCAGCUGAGAACGCUGUUCUCAUCAACGUCAGGCAAACAAUGAUUGAACAGACCUCUUACGACCUUGCUAUGAUACCCAAGGAAGAAGGCCGCGAAUCGGGCGAAAUCAAACGCUCCGCCGGCAUCACGGCAAUCUGGGUCGCGCGAAACAAAUUCGCAGUCCUCGAAAGGACAAAAAGCGUCGUCAUCAAGAACAUGAAGAACGAGACGACGAAAAAGCUUGAAUACCCCGCUCCAAUUGAUGAGAUCUUCCCUGCGGGUGUUGAUCAACUCCUUGUCAAGGACCAAGACGGUAUCAACUUAGUCGACGUGCAGAACCGUGUAAUCGCGCACGCGGAAGUGACCAAUGUCAAGCGAGUCAUAUGGAAUCAGGACAUGAGCCGCGUCGCGCUGCUACGGAGGAAGAAUAUCACGCUGUGCAAUAAACGCUUGGAGAUCCUGUGUCAGCUGAACGAGUCCAUGAGGCUGAAGAGCGGAGCUUGGGACGAAAGUUGUGGCGUGUUCGUCUAUACGACAUCGAAUCACAUCAAGUAUUCGUUACCGAACGGUGAUCACGGCAUCAUCCGCACGCUUGACGUGCCCAUAUACGUGACCAAGAUUCAGGGCAAUAGUAUAUUCUGCCUGGAUAGGGAGGCAAGACCCCGUAUCCUGCAAGUGGAUCUCACUGAAUACAAAUUCAAGGUUGCCCUCGUCAAUCGGAAAUAUGACGAAGUACUGCACAUGGUACGGAACGCUAAACUAGUCGGUCAAUCGAUAAUCGCAUACCUGCAGAAGAAAGGUUACCCCGAGGUUGCGUUGCACUUCGUCAAAGACGAACGGACCCGUUUCGCGCUCUCGCUCGAGUGCGGAAACCUCGACGCAGCCCUUGAGGCCGCGAAGAACAUGGACGAUAAAACCUGUUGGGAGAAACUCGCCGAAGCUGCCCUCCUCCAAGGAAAUCAUCGGAUCGUCGAAAUGGCUUACCAGAGAACAAAGAAUUUCGAGAAAUUAUCUUUCCUAUAUCUGAUCACCGGAAAUCUCGAGAAGCUGCGGAAAAUGAUGAAAAUCGCCGAGAUUAACCGAAACUUCUCGGCCCAGUUCACCAACGCGUUGUAUCUCGGAGAUGUCGGAGAGCGGAUCAGGCUGCUCGAGAACGCUGGACAGAAGAAUCUAGCGUAUCUUUGUGCCGCUACGCAUCGUUUCGACCGAGAAGCGCAGCAGCUGGCCGAGGGAUUGGAGGGGAGCGCCGUGCCAUUGCCGGACAAGCUGGAUUCGGCCGCGCUCAUUCUUCCGCCUCCUCCAAUCUGUCAACUGGACGAAAACUGGCCUCUCCUGAGCGUAAACCGCGGCUUCUUUGAUACCGUCGCUAUCCAGAGCAAGAAGACGGCGGUUGCCGUCGCCGAUCUCGACGACGUGGAACCGGCCGGCUGGGGAGACGACGAUCUUAAAUUCGAAGAAAACGGAGACGAGAAAUUCGAUGAUGCCGAGCUCGAUCUCGAAGACGGUGGCGGAGACGGCGAAGGUUGGGACAUCGGUGUCGACGACGUAGAAAUUCCCGCGGAGCUCCUCGACACCGCGGGGGCGGACGCGGCGGACGUCGGUUUCUUCAUCCCACCAACACGUGGGGUCAGCGUCUGUCAAGAGUGGGUCGAUCAAUCUCGACUAGCCGUCGACCACAUUCUAGCCGGCAGUUUCGAAACCGCAAUGAAACUUCUCAACGACCAGGUGGGGAUCGUGAACUUCGCUCCAUUCCAUAAUCAUUUCAUGGCUACGUUCGCCCGCUCCAGAACCGCCGUCGAAGGCUUCCCGUUGACGCCCACCAUGUACAGUUUCCCCCAGCGUUCCUACGGGAAGAACAAAUCUCUCCCAGCGCUCGGCUGCAGAUUGACAGAUUUGAUAGAAAGGUUGCAGCAAUGUUAUCAGCUUACGACAGCUGGGAAGUUCCAAGAAGCGGUGGACAAACUUCGUUCGUUGUUACUUAACAUCCCUCUGAUGAUUGUUGAGACCAAGCAAGAAGUCACAGAAGCCCAACAGCUUCUCGAAGUAUGUCGUGAAUACAUUGUCGGUCUGUCGAUGGAACUCGAGCGCAGGAACGUGCUCAAAGACAGCCCAGACGACCAGAGACGAGUGUGCGAGAUGGCGGCGUACUUCACUCACUGUAAGCUGCAACCCACGCAUCAGAUUUUGACGCUGAAAAUCGCUGCCUUCCUCUUUUACAAGAACAAGAAUUUCAAAACGGCCGCCUCUUUCGGUCGACGUUUCCUCGAGCUCGGACCGAAACCAGACUCGGCGCAACAGAUCCGAAAGAUUCUCAUGGUUUGCGAGAAAACGCCUCAGGACGCUCUGCCAAUCGAGUACGAUGAGCACAACCCAUUCCAUCUCUGCGCUUCGGCAUAUGUGCCGAUCUACAGGGGGAAACCCGAGGUCCAGUGUCCCCUCUGCCAAGCCUCGUACCAACCCCAGUUCAAGGGCACAGUGUGUGUCGUAUGCUCUGUGGCCGAGGUCGGCAAGGAAACGUCGGGCCUGAAGCUGUCGUCACAGCAGUUCACUCGAUAGGGAAGGAUUAUCACGACCAAGGAGAAGACGUUGGUGUCUGAAGGAGAUUCCCUCGACGCAUAUAUUCAUUGGCCGAGGGAAUCUUCUCAGCUCCGACUUCUCAUUACGUGUGUAUGGGAAUUUUUAGAACGACCAUAAGUCAUGGAUUUUUGAAUGUGGAUCGCUGGCGGGACAAGAAUAAAUUGCCCAACCCAU